UGGAUAUCUCUUAGCUGGGCUUCAUGGAGAAAUCUUCCCUGAUCACCAACCUGAAUCCCAGAACAACCCCCAUCUUUCAGUGAACAGAAUGAGAGGCCUUCCGUAACCUGGCAUAACUGGCCAUCAUGGGGAAAUUAAUCAGGAUGGGGACGCAGGAAAGGCGGUUACUCCUGCCAAAACGGCUUCAAUGGAGUCGCUUCCUCUUCCUACUGGGAAUGUUGAUCAUUGGUUCCACCUACCAGCACCUGAGGAGCCCUCUGGGCCUCCCCUCACUGUGGGCAGCAGUCUCUUCCCAAUACCCUGUAAAGCUGGCCAGCCGGGACCUUCCCAACAAUGAGAUGAUGACGGUGAGCAGUGACCCUCCAAGGGCUAGUUCUGAAAUGGAGGGUGAGACACUGGAACCCCAAGGCACAGUGGGCAAGGAGGAAGCAACAGCUGGCAUAACAAUGGAGAACACUCUCAAUACACCCAGAAGAAUAGCCAACAUCUCUCCCACAGUACCUAAGAAUAACUACAGCCCAACAGCAGCAGGCACAGACAGAACGAAGGAGAACACCCCAACCAGACCAAGUGGAGUACUGAAUUACUACAUCCCAACUUCAAGCAUAUCAACAAUAAAGAAUUAUAUCCCAGCAACACCCAGGGGAGAAAUGAAGCACUACCCCCCAACUCGAGCCAGGGGAAAGGUGAAAAAAUACACCCAAUCCCCACAUGGUAGAACAGUAAACUCUGCCCCAACCACAUUCAUGACAAUGACAAGAAGCCAUGGGAUCACUCCCAGAAUGACAGUGAAAGACAUUGAAACUGUGGCAACCUACAAAAUAUUGGAGACCAGCCCCUCCAAGGGAGUAGUGGAGGAAACCACCCCAACUACUAAGAGAAUAACUGAUAAGACUCCAACUUUCCUGAUAAAUUACAUAGAAACAAACAUCUUGACUUCUCCUAGGAGUGCAGUGGAUAAGAACACGCUGACUAACCCCAGGAGAGUGGACAAUAACAGCUCAACCAAUCCUCCGAGGUUAGUGGGAAAGAACAACCUGACGACUUUCCAGGGAAUAGUUUUAGAGCACACUGCAGCCACCUCUGAUGGGCAAGUGACAAUUAGCACCAGGGUUAGGAAUCCCUCGUCCAGAACCAGUGCUCCAACCACUGGAUUAUCCUUAGCCACCUUCUGGGGGCUGGCGAAGAAACCUCCCACAGCACCAAGCACCUCAGCAACCCUCAGCAUCAGGGCAAAUCCGACCACCCAGGUUCGUCACUGUGUGGAGCCAGCUCCAGCCAUGCCCACUACCCCCUCCCCCAGCCUGACAACGGCCCCGCUCCCAGAGGCACCCAGUCCCAGUCCCUCGGCGCUGCCCCCCAGCUGGCCAGACCACCCUAAGGCAGAGUACCCCCCAGACGUGUUCAGCGUGGAGGAGCGGAGGCAGGGCUGGGUAGUCCUGCACAUCUUUGGCAUGAUGUACGUGUUUGUGGCCUUGGCCAUCGUGUGUGAUGAGUACUUUGUCCCAGCCCUGGGUGUCAUCACAGACAAGCUGCAGAUCUCUGAGGAUGUGGCAGGUGCCACAUUCAUGGCUGCAGGAGGCUCUGCCCCCGAGCUCUUCACCUCCCUCAUCGGCGUCUUCAUCUCCCACAGCAAUGUGGGCAUCGGCACAAUUGUGGGCUCUGCUGUGUUCAACAUCCUCUUUGUCAUCGGCACCUGUGCCCUGUUCUCCCGGGAGAUCCUCCACCUCACUUGGUGGCCCUUGUUCCGUGACGUCUCCUUCUACAUCCUUGACCUGAUGAUGCUCAUUCUCUUCUUCCUGGACAGCCUCAUUGUCUGGUGGGAGAGCCUGCUGCUGCUGCUGGCCUAUGCCUCCUAUGUGUUCACCAUGAAGUGGAACAAGAAGCUUGAGCUCUGGGUGAAGGAGCAGCUCAGCAGGAGGCCAGUGGCCAAGGUUAUGGCCCUAGGGGACUUCAGCAAGUUAGUAGUAUCGAAUGAGGAACUGGCUGUGAAAGGCUUUAGAAAGUUAGAACCAGGUGAUGGGGCAGUGGCGAUGGAUGAGCUACAGGAGAACAAGAAGCUGAAGACACCUCCGAUCAAUCCUGGCACUCUCCUACCAGACCUGGAUGAGGAUUCUCCUCAAUUCAGCACCCAGGCAGCCAUCACUUGGGCUCACAAAGGAAUUAAACCCUAUCUGUUGCCCCCAACACUAACCAUGUUAUUUUACCAGAAAGAAAACAGGGGAAGUGACUUGCUCAAGGUCACAGCCACACAAUCCUCCAAGAACAGGGAUGAGGAGAGCUUGAAUCAAGAGGCCAAAGCCAAGCCUCAGGCCAAAGCAGAGAGCAAACCAGAAGAGGAGGAGCCAACCAAGCUCCCUGCGGUCAAGGUCACACCAGCCCCUGCUCCAGACGUCAAGGGAGACCAGGAGGAGGAUCCUGGCGGUCAGGAAGAUGUGGCUGGAGCUGAGAGCACAGGUGCAAUGACAGGCAAAGAGGUUGAAGCUCCUGGUGAAGGUGAAAAUGGAGGUGAAACUCAGCUAGAAGGUGAAGGUGAAACUGAAGCAGAAGGGAAAGGAGACACUGCAGGUGAAGGUGAAAUCCAAACAGAAGGAGAUGCUGGUGAAGUGAAAGGUGACGCCGAAGAGCAGGGAUUCAAUGCUGGAAAUCAAGGUGAAACCAGAAGUGAUGAGAAAGGUACAGAUGGUGAAGGGGGAGGUGAUGGAGGUGAUGGUGAACAUGAAGAGAACAAGAGUGAAGUCCAAGCAGAAAUAAAAGAAAAUGAUGAAGGUGAAGGUGAACUCCCAGCAGAAGAAGAAGAUGGCAAAAUGAAAGGUGAUGGUGAAACCAAAGAGCAGGACUUCAUUGCUGAAAAUCAAGGUGAAGCCAAAGGUGUUGAGACAGGUACAAAUGGUGAAGGAGGAGGUGAUGGAGGUGACAGUGAAGAUGAAGAUGAAGAGGAGGAUGAGGAUGAGGAUGAGGAAGAAGAGGAGGAAGAGGAAGAAAAUGAGGAGCCUUUGUCGCUGGAGUGGCCUGAGACCCGGCAGAAGCAGGCUAUUUACCUCUUCCUCCUGCCCAUUGUGUUCCCACUGUGGCUGACAGUGCCCGACGUCCGGAGGCUGGAGUCUAGAAAGUUCUUUGUUAUCACCUUCCUGGGAUCCAUCAUGUGGAUAGCCAUGUUCUCAUACCUUAUGGUGUGGUGGGCUCACCAGGUUGGUGAAACAAUAGGGAUUUCUGAAGAGAUUAUGGGUUUGACGAUCCUGGCAGCAGGCACAUCAAUUCCUGACCUGAUCACCAGUGUGAUUGUUGCUCGGAAAGGCCUGGGAGACAUGGCCGUGUCAAGCUCUGUGGGCAGUAACAUAUUUGAUAUCACCGUGGGGUGACCUGCCUGUUUCCCUGGUUGCUUUUUCUCUCUUAUCAAUGGACUACAGCCUGUUCCAGUCAGCAGCAAUGGCUUGUUCUGUGCCAUCGUCCUGCUUUUUCUCAUGCUCCUGUUUGUGAUCUCUUCAAUUGCAUCGUGCAAAUGGAGAAUGAACAAGAUCCUGGGCUUCACAAUGUUCCUCCUUUACUUUAUAUUCCUGAUAAUCAGUGUGAUGUUAGAAGAUCGAAUCAUAUCCUGUCCUGUAUCUAUCUGAGUCAGUCACUGUUGCUCAAAGUGGACAUGGAUCAGAAAACCAUGCCAGCAGUUACUGUACCUCUUGGUACAUUGAUGAAUGAACAUGAUCCAGGAGAGUGAACUGAGAGGCUGAGAGCAUCUGAUGUCAGUGUGAUACAGGAGUGAAGGUUAUUGUUGGGAACACCUGCAGCUCAUUGUGAUUAAAAAUCUCACUUCUGGGGUUGGGGAGUGUAUGGAGUUCCAACCCUUACUGCUACAGACAACUGUCACAUGGACUCCAGUGAAAGGACCCCUGGAGUCAGAGGGUUUUCUACAUGAGAUACCUGGAGGGUUGGGACAGGCACAGUUAAGACAAGCCACCAAGCUCACGUAUUCCUGAUUAUUAAAGGGCUGCUGAUCCAAAAGAUGCAGAGGUGGUCUCUGACCCUCCUGGCUCCUGCCCCAAGCACAUGCUGCACUUCACGGUCUCCUCUUUUUCUGUUCAAAACAUGAGGUUCUACCAGGUUUGUAAUCAUCACUGGUUCAGUUACUGGUGAGUUUAAGAGCUAAGGCUAUAGGAAGAAAUGAAAUAUAACAGGAAUCACUUAUCAUUAGUAAGAUGUGCACCAAUAUUUUAUAGCUUAAAAGGAUUACAUUAGCUCUUACUGCAUUUCUGAAAGUGAAAUUAAAAUAACCCAAGAAAUUAAAAUUUGUAAUUUGCCCUUAAAUUGGAAGGCCUGGAUAUGAGAGAAGGAAAACUACUCUAAGGGCUAUUUAAAAAUAUGUACUUAUUAGAAAGUCCAAGUUAGUGUUGUCUCCAUCAAGCGGUCUCCUUGAGGGAUUAGACAUAUAACACAGUGGUUGGUCCUGGCUCUGCCCCUCCAGCAUAUUCUCACCCAACAGUACAGCUGCUCCUAGUGAGUGAGAAGGUGGAGUUCAGUCAGUAGAGCCAAGUCUGGAUUAUAAAGUAAGAGAUCCAGGGGGGCAAGGCCACUUUUGCAUGUUAACCCAGAUGGGAUUAUAAAGCAAGAUUGAUGUCUUGUGUGGCUUACAAGUGGAGAUUAAGGCAAUCACAAAGGAGAAAUCCCAAAAAUGCUUAGCACAAUGGCAACACAGUGAGAACAAAAGUAUUUCUACUUCCAAGGUAUCUCGUGUAAAGGACACUUGUUUUUAAAAAGUGUGUGGUUAUUUAAACAUUUCAUGUGGAAUUUGAAGUGCUUGUAUAUUAAAUACCAAUGCUUACUGCUUUUACUAGCAUCAAGUUAAGGGACACAUGAGAAAUGAAACAGUUCUAUGUCCCUGGUUUCAGAGCAAAGGUCGCUGAGGGGACUGUAGAUUAUGAUGGUAAAUAGAGCUUUAGUUACAACAUGAGAGAGGAUUCACUGAAGACUAGAAGAUAGCAGGACAGAUGUGAUAUGAAAAAAAAAUCAAACAUUUUGGUGUUGAUGGGCUGCGUUCAAAGAAAGUACUUCAGUCCAUAAUCCAUCUUUAGUUUGGGUUAAUUAAACUAAUGGCCUCACUACCCCAGGAUUCAUGUUCUUUAGAAAUGACUUUUAUUCAGUUUCAAUAAAUUGUGAGUCCCAUUGGUAUUUUACAAACAUGGUCAGAAUGCUCCAGAGAAGACUGAUGAAGAAUAUGGAGUCAUAUUCAAAUUCCAUAUUCUGAAGUUAUCCUCAUUCCUGAUGCUGCUGCAGUGCCCAGUCUCCACAUGCCAUGACCUAAGAACAGGAGGGAGAUCCCAAUGCCAACUCUGGGCGCCAGCCUGGUUUCUGCAGCCAAUUCCAGCUAGCCACGGGGCAUUCCUCCCCACUGAUGGCCAGGGACCUGGUGCUCUUCCCCAGAAUGACUGGGUGGGGAGUGAUGGGACAGUGAAAUGUUCUGUAAUGAUAAAGCUGCUUCAUGAUUAAAAUAAACUCUAAUGAUCUAACAA